CCAGUCCGCGAACACAUUAUUCCGGACAUAUCAGAAUAAAUGACAAUUAAAUUGUGUGUGUUAACAGUUAUAGUUUUGAACGCGUGUUAUGAUCUUUUUUGUUUGUUUGUGGGUUGCAAUAGGCAAAAUAUCGUUUGAGUCUGACAUCCACUGAAGAAUUCCCAUCCCCGCCCUAUCCCGGACUGCGCAGGGGAGGGAGGGGUCAGGAGCGAAACUGGGAACGAGGAAAAGAGGAGCGAACGAGGCGAGCGAGAUAGCUAGGUAGGUUUUCGAAAGCACAGCAACGUUUCUGUCCAUUUUGGCCUACGUUUGUCCACAUGCGUUUGAAUGGGAACGGUGCAGCUAACUUAAGUAAGGAAACGUCGAGCGUAGUAGGCCAGACACUUUGUGUGGCGCAGCGGGCCAGGACGCCCACAUUUACAGCCGCUGGAAUUACAAUUACUUCCUAAGUGCUUGGAAAAUCGGUAGCUAGGCUAUCUGGAGCCUGUUUCUAUAGGCCAAGACCACAACCACACAUCGGACGUGCGCAAAACAAAGUGUGUAUGGAGCAGUGUGAGAAUGCCGCAUCUCUCCUGGCGUCUGUGCGUGAACAGGAGAUGCAGUUCGAGCGUCUGACUCGAGCUCUCGAGGAAGAGAGGAGGAGUGUGGGGCCCUCCGGCACACUGCCCCGCCCCCUCCCCACCCUGCAGAACGGGCGCAUUCCUGGUGAUGCGGAGUUAGAGAGACUCAAACUAAACGAAGGAUACAUCAACGGGACACAGUACAGAAUGUUGGAUCCAGGUCAUGUUGUUGAGGAGACUGUCACAGUAGAGGAAGACCCUCGGGACACGUCGCCGGUCAUAUCUGUUGAAACCAGCGAGGAUGGCACUACACGCCGCACUGAAACCACAGUCAAGAAGGUUACCAAGACUACCACAACUCGAACAAUUAUCCCUUCAGUCUCUGACACACUGUCACUGGAUGGCACUGGAUCGGUCACUGGUAUGGGUGGUUAUAAUGCCCCAGUAGACCGCCUGUAUAGGCCGCCAGGUGUACACAUGGAUUACCCAACUGCUACAGUCCCUCGUAAUUACCACUAUGGACCACCAGGGGGGUACGAUGACUACCGCAGUGCCCCACCCUCUGAGACCUAUGCAAGCCUCACUAGAGGAGCCCGCAUGGAAGAUCGCUACAGACCUGUGGAUGGCUAUCGAACGCUGGACUCCGGUUACCGUGCACACAGCAGGCCCCAGCUGGACCCAUAUGCAGCCCAGCCACAGGUGGGACGUAUGGGCAGUGGUCUUGAGAUCUCUGGCAUGCAACGCUUUGUCCCAGAGCCUUAUGGCCUAGAGGAUGACCAGAGAAGCCUGGGAUAUGAUGAGCCCGAUUACGGCAUGGGACCUCCUAUUCACUACAGCACCAUGCCUCGGCUAGCGCACGCACACCAUGCGCCACCCCCGCGUAGGGCAGGGUCCUAUGAGGGAACUCUGGAUGGGGAUAUGAGUGGAGCAGGGGAUAUGUUUUAUUGGGGGGCAGGUGCUCCUCUGGCUCAGGGAGAGAGGGGCAGCAUGGCAUCUCUGGACAGCACACUGCGCAAAGGUCCCCCCCCAACGUCAUGGAGACAGCCAGAACUCCCCGAGGUUAUCGCCAUGCUUAAUUACCGUCUAGACCCGGUUAAGAGCAAUGCUGCUGCUUACCUUCAACAUCUCACCUUUAAAAAUGAUAAGUUGAAGUCAGAAGUGAGGCGUCUGAAGGGCAUUCCCGCACUGGUGUCCAUGUUGGACAAUCCAAAGAAGGAGGUUCAUCACGCAGCAUGUGGAGCUCUGAAGAACAUCUCGUAUGGACGAGACCCCGACAACAAGAUCGCCAUCAAGAACUGUGAUGGAAUCCCCGCAUUGGUGCGGUUAUUGAGGAAGACCAGAGAUCAGGAUCUAACUGAUACCAUCACAGGCACGCUGUGGAACCUCUCGUCUCAUGACUCUGUGAAAAUGGAGAUUGUGGACCACGCGCUGCAUGCGCUGUCUGAUGAGGUGAUGGUGCCACACUCGGGUUGGGAGAGGGGUAGCGACGGCGGAGAGGAGACCUGCAAGCCGCGGCACUUGGAGUGGGAGACGGCCCUCACCAACACAGCCGGCUGCCUGAGGAAUGUGAGCUCAGAGCGGAGUGAAGCCAGGAGAAAGCUCAGAGAAUGCUCUGGGUUGGUUGAUUCACUCAUGUACAUUGUCCAAUCCCAGAUUAACUGUAAAGAUGUGGACAACAAGUUGGUGGAGAACAGCGUCUGCCUGUUGAGGAAUCUGUCCUAUCAGGUGCAUCGGGAGGUGCCAGGUUGUGAGCGCUACCAGGAGACUGUGCCUGUCAACCAGGGCCCUGCCCCUGCCAACCAAAAGACUGGCUGCUUCAGUUCCCGCAAGGGCAAAGAUGAAUGGUUUUCCAAAGGGCGGAAAGACGAUGAUGGAACUGCAGACACAAUUGACAUUCCAAAGAGGACCACACCAGCCAAAGGUUAUGAGCUGCUGUUCCAGCCAGAGGUGGUGCGUGUGUACACUUCACUGCUGAGGGAAAGUAAGAACCCGUCUGUUUUAGAAGCUUCUGCGGGAGCCAUACAGAACCUGUGUGCAGGUCGCUGGACGUAUGGGUGCUACAUAAGGGCAGUCAUGAGACAGGAGAAAGGGUUGCCCAUGAUGACCGAGUUGCUGGCUCAUGGGAAUGACCGUGUGGUCAGAGCCAUGUCUGGUGCCCUGAGAAAUCUGGCAAUUGAUGCUCGAAACCGUGAGCUGCUUGGUAAACAUGCCGUGCCUAACCUGGUGGCUAACCUGCCAGGUGGUGGGCAGAGCCAGCCUGUGCGUGCCCUCUCUGAAGAGACUGUGGUGUCGGUGCUCAGCACACUAGCUGAGGUGGUGGGCUCCAGUGUGGAUGCUGCCAAGACCCUGCGCAGCUCACAGGGCAUUGAGAGGCUGGUGCUCAUCAACAAGGAUGGUAACCGUUCAGAUCGGGAGGUGCGCGGGGCUGGCCUGGUGCUGCAGAUCGUGUGGGGAUUUAAAGAGCUGCGACGCACACUGGAGAAGGACGGCUGGAAGAAAUCUGACUUUGUGGUGAACGUCAACCAUCCCAACAGCAGCAGCCGCAGCAAUGGGGGCUACGAGGAUAGCAGCACCCUCCCCCUCAUCGACAGAGGUGGGAAGCAGGACCGAGACAGAAACAUGAUUCCACUGAAUGACAUGGGAUCAGAUGCUUACACAACACUGGACCAGAGAGGAAGAAGGAACACUUUAGAUGACACUCUAGAGCCUGCAGACAGUGACACAGCUCCGGGAGGGAUGUAUGGGGAGAGGCGGGGCUCCAUGCCCUUGUUGGACUCUUACGACGGUUAGGCCCCUCCUCACCCCCCCACAUUCAGUGCAUGAGCCAGCAUGAAAAACUGAUAGUGUGUAUUACUCGUGGCGAGCGUCUCCAUCCUGCCUACUGUCCCUGCUGAGCCUCUGAUCUCACCGUAAAGGGACCACAGACACACUAAUCAUUGAUGGAAAAAGAGUCUCUCUCUCUCUCUCUCUCUCUCUCUCUUUCUCUCUCUGUCUCAUAUCCAAAUGACUGACGGCCACUAUUUGAGGAGGCAAACGCUACAUUGACAUUUUUUGUGUGGUACUGUUUGACUCAUACCACUCAUCUUUGCCCUUCCUGGGAAAGAAUAGUUUCACUGAAACUUUUUUUUUUUUUUUUUUUUUUUUUAAAUAUAUAUAAUUCUUCUGAAACAUCAUAUGUGAUGGUGGUCUGUAAAAAAUAGAGAUUGUCAAUUGGGUUACUUCUACAUUAUGACCCGAGUCCUCCCACUACAUCGACAUUUGUGACCUCGUUUACUAAUGACACCAAGUUAGAAUUAUGACUAUUUAUUCUUCCCACCACUACAUUUUUACAUCACUGUGUUGCCCUUCUCAGUAUCUUUAGACACUAAUGACUUACUUCAUACUGAUGCUUUUCAAACCCUUCCACUUCCUUUUUUUCUUAGGAAUUUAUGUAGCUGUAAGAAUGGUCUGUACUUGCAUUGGAUAUAUAUUUUUCCAUAUUUGUUUGCUUUGCAGUAGACAGUGAUGAACAUUUAUGCCAAAACACACCACUAUCUUGUAAGUGACAAUUAAGGUGGGGAAACUAUGUAUAUACAGUAUCCCAAAAUGUCAUUGAUGUUUUUGGAAAGGAAUGGGGGCCAUUUUGUAAUUUAACCAUUGCCUCAUUACUAACUUACCACUUAAACAGACACCACUUGCUCUUGGUCAGUUUUCGCAGCUUGCUUCUUGUUGUUGUGAUAAUUUGUUGACUCUAAAGGGAGAAUGGUGAUGCCAAUUGUUUGGUUAUUGAUGGAGAUGCGGUUAAAGCGUAAUGUUCAACUAUGGUGAAAGAAACCUGUUCCAAUUUGUUUGCUUGCAUUGAGUACCCUUUAAGGUAACUGCAAAUAAAUGUCCCUUUCUGUAGUGGUUUAGAAAACAGUGGGUUAUUUGGGACAUUGUCAUUUGGUUCCCAGUUCUCAGAUUCCUCAUUAGACAGGGUGCCAUAUUAAUAAAGCACCUCAGAGUGUGAGCACAAUUUCUGGAUCAGUUGAUUAGGAUGAAAAUAAACAGUAGAACAUGCGAUCCAGAUCAGCGCUGGCACUCUGAGCUAAACCCUGUGGACCAGUUGUAUCCUUUGUUUCCUGUUGUCUGAAUAUAGAUGGGUGUGUAAAUAUGACGGUGUCUAACAAAUUCCCCCUGCUUACUCGAGUGCCUCGCUGAUCAAUCUACUGGGCUCCUAUGUGUGAGAGCGUGCAUGUGUGAGUCUGAGCAUGGGUUUUUGAAGAAUGUGUGAGGAAAUGCUAGGUUUAGGAUUCAGUUUGGCCUCUGUUCAGUCUCUCCCCUUCAGUGCCUGUCUGUGUUGGGAGUGAAUGACGGAAGAUGCUUUUGGUUUUCAUGUGAUGAGCAAGGCGCUCUUUCCUAAAGACUGCAGAUUUUGAAAUGCACAGUGCGUCAGAUGUAGAUAUUUGCUGAAUGGAUACUCUAGCACUAGGAGUUAAGGCUGUUUUUGAUUGUAUGUUGUACCCCUCUCCAACACACACACACACACACACACACACACACACACACACACACGGCCAAUGAUUUUCUCUGGGAGUUUUAUCUUUCUCCCAGGGAUUUUCCUGUGACACUACGGUUAUCUGACCAGUUAAACAGUGGAUUUUUAAGACGGUAUCAAAAGGAAGGGACAUUCCACUGUCCAUUCAGCUGUCCAUAUGUUUCAUGAACCUGUGGACUUUUUUGAGGGAUGCAAAAGACUUCUUAACGAAUCUCUUAAAAUGACAAAAUCUGAUACCGGAAAAAUUGAGGCUGAGCUUGGAUUUUGAUUCUAGCUUGAUAUUUAGAUAAAAAAAAUAAAAAAUAAAAGCACAUUUAACUAUAUAUACCAGAGAAUAUUUGUUAAUUUUAUUUUCCCUCUUGGUUUUAUGUCUGUUCCCUUUUUUUUUUAUAUAUUUUAUGAUUGGGAUAAUUGUUUUUCUUGGGCUGUUGUGGGUGAAUGCAUAUGCAAUCAGUUUUAUUUUUAAUUAAAUCCAUUUACAGUUUAUAUCUUUUAAUUAAAGACAAAACAAGGAAAAAUCGUUCAUGUGUCAUGUAUUAUGUAUUGUCCGUUGUCAUACAGUUUAUACGCAAGACUAAAAAUCGCAUCGUUCUGGUGAUAAAUAUUUCAUCUCUUUACAUUUGGCUCCUAAACGUUGCACCUUUUUCUUUUUUGAAAUGAACAUGUAACUUAGCAAUACCAUUUUUAAUAAAAGAGUGAUUUUUUUUUUUU